GUCUACCGUAUGCAGCAGUUAAAGCUGACAGCAAAAGACACGAAGCUUCUCAGCCAAACUUUGAAUUACAAUCUUUCUUAGAAACGUUUCCGAACGAAAUCGGAGAGAAUGAGAAGUCAAUAUUGAGAAAGAUUGACGAAGCGUGGCAAAGGAAAGACGUGGAUACAAUGUUUCAGCUCAUUAAGGUAAGCAACCAAUAGUUUAUUUAUACUGAAUUACUAGAGUGAAAGCUUUUUCAUCCCGGUCUUCCAUGUUUCAUCUACUCCCCACGGUUUUCCAUUCCGCCUUUGAAUCAUUAGCAUUUUAUAUUUUUGUUGAAGGAAAACCACUUCACUGAUGUAGCGCAGAAGAAAGUUCUAUAUUUUUGGGACAUGGGACAUUACUACCAGGAGAGCGCAAAGCGGAACAAGCCGCUAACUCCUUUAGCACGGUUUAGGAUCAGAGAGAGGUUCCUUCCCCCAGAAAACAUUUGUCCAAACGGAAGGAAAAAAGCAACGUUACCUAAAGAAGCUACAAACGUUCUUCGGAAUUGGCUUGACAAUAGUCCCCGUCCGUACCCCACACGGGAAACCAAAACCGCACUUGCGGAGCUGACAGGACUAACAACCAUGCAGGUGAACACUUGGUUUGCAAAUACUAGAAGGAGAAUGCGUGGAAGACGUCGAAAAGAGGAACAGAAGACUAACAGGCCACGGUAAAUGAACCACUUCUUUGCAGUUGCAUGUAAACCUCUAUUAGGUCGACUGUCGAUCAAUACGACAAUCAAUACAGCAUUAGACAAAAAAAAAAACAAAAAAACAUAUGAUUCCGUUUCAGUACUACUCCGCCAUGGCAAGUAUCUGUUUUUCCAACGUCGAUGACGUCAACUCCUUCUGCUUUCCAGCCAUGCUCCGGUAUUUGCACGUGUCCAGCUCCUCUCCCCCAGUUUCUUGC